AGGCUCUGCGCAUGCGCCUCCUGUGGUAGAGCACAAGCCUGCCGUCAUCAUGGCCAGCGCUAAUGUAGGACUAUGCCUGGGGAGGAGGCUGUGGCAGUGAAGCAGGAUUCCCUCUCCCCAGCCCGUAUGGAUGCUAUGAGCUCCAGGAAUCCCCACUGCAUUUCUGCAUCUGUAAGAACCUGCAUUUUUUGCUGCAAAGCAUCAGGACAUUGACCCCUGCAGCAUGCUGACUCAGCAGCAGUCCCAGCGCACUGAGAUCCAAGCUGCAGAUUCAACGGGUUCAUUUAACAAAAGAAGACGAAAUUCCGUUCUUGUUACCGUUACCCUUCUCAUUGUAUCCAUAUUAAUUUUUGCCGUGGGUCUGGCUGCCACAACCAGAACGGAAAAUGUCACAGUUGGAGGAUACUACCCAGGGGUCAUCCUCGGGUUUGGAUCUAUUCUUGGGAUAAUUGGAUCCAACUUAAUAGAAAACAAGAGGCAGAUGCUUGUUGCAUCUAUAGUUUUUAUCAGCUUUGGAGUGAUUGCAGCUUUUUGUUGUGCAAUUGUGGAUGGUGUUUUUGCUGCCAGACAUUUAGACCUCAGACCUCUUUAUGCAGGGAAGUGUAGUUACUUUACAACAACACAGGGCGAUGAUACAACACAGGUGACGUGCCAGCAACCUGUCCGUGGCUGUUUCCUGAAGAUAAAAAGCAACACAUGUUACUGCUGUGACUUAUAUAACUGUGGGAGACUUGGAGUGUCAGGUUUGUAUUAUGAAUAUAUUGAUGUCAGAAGUUGCCAAGAUGUUGUGCACCUCUACCACUUGCUCUGGUCGGUAACUAUACUGAACAUUGUGGGUCUAUUCCUUGGAAUCAUUACAGCUGCUGUACUCGGAGGAUUCAAGGAUAUGAACCCAACUAUUCCUGCCAUUACAUGUAUAUUGGAGACACCACGGCCUAGAGUGCAGUACAACACAAGACCACCAGUGCCCUCUUAUAAUACUUAUUACCACAGUACUCCACAUCUUCCACCUUACACUGCCUAUGACUUACAGCAUUCCACUGUCUUCCCAGCAUCUACUCCCUCUGGUUUGUCAGAUGACCCAAAUUCAACACAGUCAUCUUCCAGCUUGAUGUGGCCAUCCAAUGCACCACCUCGCUAUUCUCCACCUUACAUGCCACCAGAUGAAAAGCCACCGCCAUAUACACCGUGACCAUCAAGGAUCUUGUAAACUUAACUUGUCACCUCAGUAGAUCUUUAGGCAAAACACUAGCCAAAUACUAUAAUCUUUCCUAUUGAUAUGACACGCGUUGAGUAAACGUAUGUUUGUACAGAGUGAGUAGCGUUGUGUAAAUUGAUACAUGUGAGCAAACAUAUGCACGAUAUUCAAGAUACUACACUUAAUUAUGUUAGCCUUUUGGCCAUUUUGGAAAUAAAAUUUAGGACAUUUGGUGUGGCCAACUUGAAGAAACAAAGCAAGUCUGACCUUAAAGGAACAUUCACAAAUAAGUGUAAAAUUAAUCUUAUCAUGGAUCAUUAGUGUAUGCUGUCAAUGAUAUAUUCAUAUUAAUUGAAGGAUAUUGUAUUUUAAGUAACGAAAUGCAGUCAGUUUCUUUCCUUUAACCACUAUGUGGAAAUUCCCUUUACACAUUGACUCCUACUGCUAAUGCUUCAGCCUACUGAAGGAAAGUACCAACAAAAACAAAAGAAAACAAAAUCUUGCAAACAAAGUAAAUAUAAGACUCAAGAGGUUCCAUCCACAUCACUUUUUAAUUUGGAAUCAAAUCUACCUUUUUAUAUAUUUGACAAGGAAAACCUCUUGGGCAGAAAACAAGUUAACGCUUUGUUAUCCUGACUGACUAAUACUUUGAUUAUUCACUACAUUUUGAUUGCCAAUUUGAAGACCUAUCAUAGUUGUGCUAGCUACCAGGAAAGCCUAUUUUUUUUGCAAGUCAGCAUACCCCAUACGAAAGUAACCCAUAUUAAAGAAGUUGUUUACAUCGUAAUCUGGAAAAUCUAUUUUUAUGAGCUUAUCAGUAUUCUAGAAAGUUGGGAGCCAAUAAGCUCUCAUUGAAUUGUGCACCAUUGAUGCCUCUGAACUGUAAAAUUACUAUGUAAAUAUAGAAUGUUUAAAAAAAAAGCUAUUUCCUGUAAAUCAGCACUGUGAUUAUCACUUAAAGCCAUUGUGACUUUC